GAAGCGAAGGGCAAACAAAAUAUAGCAAAGGAUCCUGCGUAAUGCUUUGAUUAUGGCCAGCAGAAUGGACAAGGACUCAUAGUAGACGAGAGUGGGAUCGAUCGAGCCAGCGUACCAAUGUCAAAUCAUGCAGCAAACCCUCUCGUACUCAUCAUCAUCGCCAUCCCCAUCCCCGAUGCCAACGCCGGCCGGAGCACCGCCACAUACCCCAGCGACCAUCCAUGCCCCCACCCACAGCCAUCCGCGACCAGGCUCAACAGGCAGCGAUCCCAACAACAGGUACCAGCCGGCCAUCAUUCCGGUUGACUACAGCUACCACACCCACCCGCAGCAGCAGCAGCAGCACCCUCACCAUCACCCGACCAUGGCCCCCUCAACGUACACAUCGACACAGAGCUUCAUCCGCCAGCCAACGGCCAGCACAGUGCUGGAGCUGGGCUCGGAGCGGGACUCCCAGCCAUACAGCAGUCUCUUUGGGGAUCCCGUGCCGCCGCCCACGCAGGUGGAGGAUUACUUCGGGACGGCGGCCUUUGAGACUUUGCGAUCUUCCUCGCUGGAGAUACCCAGCUCGGAGGAGGAUGCCCUUGUGGCCGCCGUGGCGCUCAAUGCGCUGAUGGGCAACGAGGCUCGGGUACGGCAGAGGAUCUUCUCGAAUAUUCCCUACACACGGACACCGCGGGCAUCGCUCAUUCCGCACCUUCAGCCGCCCGAUAUCCAGAUCCUGCCCAACUCCAGCGGUGGAUCGAGCUCCGAGCAGCUGGGCUCGCCCAACUAUCGACUCCUGGCCCCCGACGACAUCCUCAAUAAGCCCGACAUGUACGACCUGGCGAACCCCAGUGAGGAAACGCAGUACAUGCCGCGCCUCGACUUUGAUCGGGAGGAGGAGGAGCGAACACAGACUCCCAGCCGCAAGCAGAAUGUCUCCACCAUGACCUCAGAUGACCAUCAUCAUGGCUUGCUGAAUGACUCCUACUCGGGCAGGGACUGGUUUCGUCCUGCUCCGCAGCACUUUCCGGAGUUUACGCGCAUCCCCAAGCUGCGGCCCAGCUCGAAGAACGUCAUGUCCAUGAAGCAGGAGGAUGUGCCGCUCUCCCCGCUGGCCACGAUGAUCCAGGACAUGAACAGCUCCAGCAGCGGAGGCGAGGAGCGGCUAGCCACCGACGCAGAGCAGCAGUCAGACGUCAUCCUCUCACCGCAGCACUAUCUGGAGCAGCAGCUGGAACGGAUGAGUGCGGUGAGUGAGCGACAGCUGCUCGAGGACUACAGCCCGCCCACGCCUCCACCGGCUGACCCGCCGCCUUGCCACCAGAGAAGCCGCCGAGACACGGAGGAGAGUGUCGACUCUCGUCCAUCCACAAUGAAGCGAGAAAUGUCUCCGAUCAUCAUCAAGGACUCCAUCACCGUGGGCGGGGACUAUCGCGUGGACCAGCCUCGGCCACACAAGAAGACUGCAUUUACCAUCCUCACAGUGCGCUCGCCGCAGACCUCGCCGGCCAGGAGAACCGCCGCUGCCGCCGCCAGGAGGCAUGCUUCCAUACAGUCGACAUCGACUACCUCAUCCAUGGCCACCAAGCCCCCGAUUCUGCCGCGUCGCAGGACUCCCAGCGACACUCGACUGCCUGAGCUGCCAGGAUCCCAGAUCUAUACGCAGUCGCAGCCGCAUCCAUUCCACACAACCGAUGACUCGCCACGGCCUUCGGUGCAGUUCAAUAUGAGCGGGCGGCACAGUCGCAGCAAGCUGGCGACACCCUCGAAGGGCAUCCUCCAGCAGAGGGACUCGCUCACCUCCUCCAUAGACACGUACACCCCGCGGGCGCAGCGACGCGGCUCCAUGGGCAUCAGUCUGCCGCAGCAGCAGCAGCAGCUGUCGUAUGGCCAGCGGAUCAAGAGCAUGGAGAGCCUGCCGCUGAUAACCGAUCCGUAUCGAAGCGCCAUUCCCCGACUGCACUACUCCACCAUGGACCUGGGCAAGGAAGCGGCGGCCUUUCCACCUGGGGCACUGCCUCGCCCACUGAAGCCAAACAACAACCCAACGCGAAAGCAGCGCGGACUCCUGAAGGUUAUUAACCGGGAGGAGGCGCUCGCCCACAUCCCGCCCCGCUCCAACUGGUGCAGCCUGGACGACCUGGCUCUGGGCCCGAGUCCCCAGGCAUCCUUCGACCCUGGUCAUGCGCAGGGUCGUCGUCGUUCCAGCUCCACCUCACCGGAGCGAAGGAGCUCCACCCAAACGGCCUCGGACCGACGCAGCUCCAACCUGAGCAGCAUAACCGCCACCACCUCGGACUUUAGCUUCCGCCGUCCAUCGCUUGCCACACUGCCAGCGUCGCGGCUGCGUCGCAAGUCGGUGCAGGCGCCACUCCCCGGGCGCAGCCCGCGCCGACAGUCCAUUUACCAAAGGGACCCGAAGCCACCGCCGCAUGGGAAGCAUGGAAAGAUCGCGAAGCCCAGCAGCUUGUCCCCGAUUCUCGGGACGCCCAACAAGGACAGCAGCUCAGGACAGAGUCCCACCCAUGGAUCCUCGCUGAUGGAUCGCCGUGGAUCCUCGCUAAUGGUUCGCCGUGGAUCUUCGCAGAUGGGACACCAAGGAGACGCUGCCGACACGCAGUCCGAGGUGUCGACGCGUCGGGACUCGCUCUCCCGCAUUCCCAUUCGCAGUCGUCCUGGAUCCCGGGUAGAGUCUCGUUCCAGUUCACCGUCAAAGGAGUUUAUGGCCACUAUGCCCACCGCAUCGGGGCGCACCUCACGGGCCAGCACGAGUCGUUCGCCCUCGCGGGCGAUGGUGCACAGCAGGACGCCGUCCAGGGAGAGUGCGCGACCCGCAGAAUCGCGAUCUGUAUCCAGGGGCCCGCCCUCCAGGCCAAGUUCUCGCAUGGAGCAGGCCCGAGAGCAGGCCAACUCCCGCAGCAACUCCAGGGCCAACUCCCGAUUGAGCAUAAACUCCUCGCUGCGAUCCUCCAGCGUCUCACCCGUCACCAUGGCAAGGAACAGGAGCAUACGGGGCACCACGCCGCAGCCCGGUCGCAAGAAGUCUAUCUCAUUGAGUCCAAGCAGCGGUAUGUUGGGGCGUCGAAAGUCCAUCAGUCCAGCGGCCAUCACGCAGGGCGGGCGAAUGUCUGUGGCUGUUAGAGGGAAGCCAGAGAUUCCGGAGAGUUUGUCGCGUCGCAACUCCCGCUCCCGCAUACCCACGCGACAGUCGGACAAGACGGGAUCUGCCAAGUCGCCGACGUCUUCAUCCAAGAAACGUUCAAAGUCCCCCGAGAAGACAAAGGGAACGCCGGCAAUGACACCCAAGGGCGCCAGAGCGGGCAAAGUGCCGCCAAAAGGAAGCCCCAAGGCAAAGGCCACACCCAAGCAACCUGCAAGUGCCAAACCCAAGUCCAGGACAGAAUCUGUGAGAGCUGUGAAGACCGCGGAGCGGACACCGGUUGCCAGAAGGGAACAGGCAACAGCAACGAAGAAGCCAGCCCCCAAAGCACCAACAUCCACAGCAGCGAAGGAUGCAAAAGGCGAGAAGGGAAAGGUAUCAGCAGCCAAGGCACAACCAGUGGCUCCUCCACGCACCAAAUCCCAGCAGAUGAAAGCCAAACCACCGGUAGGUGCCACAACGGAUACCAAAAGACCGCCUGCAACCACAGCCACCAAAGGACAGGGCACGGACAGGAAUGUGCACGAAAAAGUUGCCAAUGGAGAGAUGACUCCACUGGCUGCACAGGUGGGUAACGUGGUGCUCCAGGCAGCCGAAGCGGUUCCGGCGGUGACAAGCGAGGUGCCCAUUCCCUCAACACCAGCAGAGAGGCGCAGAGCACAAGGAGCAAACAUGUCCAAGCUGGUCCGGAUGAGCUCUCGCCUGAGCAUGCUCAGCCAAAAGAGCCGCUCGGAUUCGCCACAGAAUCGGAAGGUGGCAUCAGUGCCAGAGACCACGCACGAAACCGAAGAAGCCACGGGGCAUAGUUCUCUGAUGAAGUCUGAUGGGAGCCUGCCUGCCGCCGCCAUUCUGGAAAAGUCACAGAAAACUCUCGAGAACAUACAAAAGACCGUCACGGAGGCCACGGAUGAGAUCCACAAGACGAUCAGCGAGAACCUCACCGAUCUAAAGACUCUGGAGAACGACAUGGGCCGAGCCGCAGAUGCCUCUCCCGCACCCACUCCCACCUCUGGCACGAUGCACGCCAAGCCAGGCGACUCGGAGUCACGUACGGGGACAGCGGAUGGUGGCAAUGCAGCCCAGAGCUCCGCGGAGCAGCCAAAGUCUCCGUUUCCACCCACACAGCCCAUCGAGGCAGCCGUCUCUGUGGUGCAUCCGGAUGAGCGUGCCACGAUAUCCAGUGUGCCCGAGGUGGAGUGCGAGAGCUCCGACCUGCCUACAGUUCGGGACGUGUCCGAGUCGGAUCUGGGCGGUCAUGUGAUGCCAACGCCCGAGAGCGGUGCGGACUUCAAGGUGGACGCCAAGCGACGCUCGCCAGACGGACAGGGCGGCUCUGCGGCGGGCAGUGGUGGCAUGGCAAAAACCAGCAGCCAAGAGUUUCUGGAGGCAAAGGACAAUAAUGCCAAUAAGAAGGGAUUGUGUCGCUGCUGCUCCUCAUUGUGCAUGCCCUGUCGCCGCUCUCGAUGCUCCCGCUGCUGCUUUAGACGCGAACGGAACACCUCAGCCGAGGACCAGCCUGUGCUAUGGAGUGCAAACAGUAGUGCCACAACCGCCACCAAUGUCCAAGUGAUUGAUGAGACCAAGCCGCAGAAGAAAAAGUUGACGGACUGGCUCAAGUCGAGCUGCUGCCGAAGCUGCCGGAAGAAGCCACCGCCCGGGGACACAGACAAGCCAGAGCCGCCGAGCGUGAAGCAGGAGACCAGCAUGAAUACGGGACCAAAACGUGGAGGCAAAUGUGGCCUCUGUUUGAGCAAAUUUUUCUGCUGUCGCUCAGUGAACAAAGUGGACGAUACGGGCAAUGAAACCGAGCUGAAGAAGUGCUGCUUCUGCAUACCAUAUCGGAGGAAUCGCAGCAAGGCGAAGGGUAGCUCCGUUUCCUGGAGGGAUCAAGAUCCAGAGCUUGGCAUCAAGCCCACUGACACAUCAGUUCUGGAAGGUGCCUCCGAGGCCUCAACGACAUCGGCAGCUGCGGAUGCUACGGCUCCAAUGGCAAAAGAGGGUUGCUGCAAGCGUUUCUGGCUAAUGAUGCUCUGCUGUCGCAAGAAGCCGCGUCGUGAAUCGAAUGCUCGCCGACAGAGCAUCAGAGCCCCGCCGCCCAGUGAGGACACUCGCCGGAAGCUGCAUAACGACCUCGUCGAGCAUGCAUCCAAGAUGAAGGGAGCCAUUCCUGUGCUGCCGCUGUACUUGGCUUGGUUCUGUGCCUUCUGCAAUGUCGUCUUUCCAGGCUUAGGUACGCUGCUGUCGGGGCUCCUUUGCUUGUGUGUGGGCAUUCCGCGGUUCUCGCAGUACGACAGCGCACGGGCUCGGAUCGGAUCGUUCAUAAUCAACAUUAUUGUGGCAGUGUCGCAGUUCUGUUGUGUACUCUUCUGCUUCGUGGGCUGGGGCUGGUCCAUUUGGUGGGGUACUAUUAUGCUGAAAUGUGCAAAGAAACUUAGCAAGAUCAAAAAGGUGGAACGGCUGGAAUUGGAGGAGGAACAACGACAGGCCAAGCUGGCGGCCACUGCGGCUGGAGAGACUGAGCCGGCAAAGACAUAGUAAUCCAGUCCACCAGGACACAUUCAAGGGACGUGAUUUUUUUUAUACAAUUGUGUACAUACCUUUGUACAAAAC